GAUGGCCAUGGCCGGGGCGCUGGCAGGUCUGGCCGCGGGCUUGCAGGGCCCGCGGGUCGUCACCAGCCCGUUCUCGGACUCAGACACAGACUCAGAGGACCCGAGUACCCGCCGUAGCGCCGGUGGGCUGCUCCGCUCGCAGGUCAUCCACAGCGGUCACUUCAUGGUGUCGUCGCCGCACAGCGACUCGCUGACCAGGCGGCGCGACCAGGAAGGGCCCGUGGGGUUCGCCGACUUCGGGCCGCGCAGUAUCGAUCCCACACUCACCCGCCUCUUCGAGUGCAUGAGCUUGGCCUACAGUGGCAAGCUGGUCUCUCCCAAGUGGAAGAAUUUCAAAGGCCUCAAGCUGCUCUGCCGAGACAAGAUCCGCCUCAACAACGCCAUCUGGAGGGCCUGGUAUAUCCAGUAUGUGGAGCGGAGGAAGAGCCCCGUGUGUGGCUUCGUGACCCCCCUGCAGGGGCCUGAGGCUGACGAGCACCGGAAACCGGAGGCUGUCGUCCUGGAGGGAAAUUACUGGAAACGGCGCAUCGAGGUGGUGAUGCGCGAAUACCACAAGUGGCGCAUCUACUACAAGAAACGGCUCCGUAAGUCCAGCAGGGAAGGGGAUCUCCUGGUCCCAAAGCAGGCGGAAGGGGGGUGGCAGCCACCAGAGAGAUGGUGCGAGCAGCUCUUCUCCAGCGUGGUACCUGUGCUGCUGGGGGGCCCAGAGGAGGAGCCUGGAGGGCGGCAGCUUCUGGACCUCGAUUGCUUUUUGUCCGACAUCUCCGACACUCUCUUCACCAUGACUCAACCCAGCCCCACACCUCUGCAGCUGCCCCCCGAGGAUGCCUACGUCAACAAUGCUGACAUGAUCCAGCCGGAACUGACACCUCUGCAGCCCAGCCUGGAUGACUUUAUGGAGAUCUCAGAUUUCUUCACCAACUACCGCUCCCCACAGACUCCCACGCCUUCAAACUUCCUGGAGCCCCCCAGCUUUGGCCCCAUGGCCGACUCCCUUUUCAACAGUGGAAUCCUGGGCUCCGAGGUGCCCCCUGCCUCCUCGGGCAUGACCCACCUCCCAGGGCAUAACCGCCUGCAGGCUCGGAGCAGCUGCCCUGGCUCCCUGGACUCCAGUGCCUCCCUGAGUUCUGAUUUCCUCCUCCAUGAAGACCCCAAGCCCAAGCUCCCACCCUCUCCCCUCCCUCCACCCCUCCUCCAAUACCCUGCUCUUGCCAAGGGGCCUGGCCUGGAGCCCUGUCCCCCACCCCUCUUCCCUCCUGUGGCUCCGCCUCCUGCUAUGGUGCAGGGAGAGCCUCUCUUGUCUCCCAGAUUCUCCUUCCCUACUGUCCCUACGAGGCGAGUGUCUCCACUGCCCACUCCCUCAGCCUUCCCACCCACCCCACAGCCUGUCCCAGGCCCUGCCCCCACCCCCUUCCCCAUGGACCUUCUACCUUUGGGGUAUCCAGAGCCCCCAUUUGGGCCUCACUUCACAGUACCCCAAGGCGCACGGCCCAGAGGCAAGUCCCCCACCCCAACCACUAGGGGGCGGAAACCCAGCCCUCCCACCUUGGCCCCUGCCACUGCUGGGGGCAACAACCCUUGCCUCACACAGCUGCUCAAAGCAGCCAAGCCUGAGCAAGUCCUGGAGCCACCACUUGUGUCCAGCGCCCUUCUGCGGCCCCCAGAGUCCCCGAUGGUCCCUGAAUUCCCCUGCACCUUCUUUCCCCCGACCCGAAAAUGGCCCCCCCCCCCCCGACCCCCUCCAGGCCCAGCCACACUGGCCCCUCCCAGGCCUCUGAUUGUCCCCAAAGCAGAACGGCUGUCACCCCCAGCACUCAGCGGUGGUGAGCGGCGGCUGUCUGGGGAGCUCAACUCCAUGCCAGGCCCAGGGACUCUGAGUGUCCGAGUCUCUCCCCCUCAACCUAUCCUAAACCGGAGCCGUGCAGACAACAAGACUGAGAACCGGCGCAUCACACACAUCUCUGCAGAGCAGAAGCGGCGCUUCAAUAUCAAGCUGGGGUUUGACACCCUGCAUGGGCUAGUGAGCACACUCAGUGCCCAGCCCAGCCUCAAGGUCAGCAAAGCGACAACACUGCAGAAGACAGCCGAGUACAUCACCAUGCUACAGCAGGAGCGGGCAGCCUUACAGGAGGAGGCCCAGCAGCUACGGGACCAGAUUGAGGAGCUCAACACUGCCAUUAACCUGUGCCAGCAGCAACUGCCGGCUACUGGAGUGCCCAUCACACACCAGCGUUUUGACCAGAUGCGAGAUAUGUUUGAUGAUUAUGUCCGGACCCGCACACUGCAUAACUGGAAGUUCUGGGUAUUCAGCAUCCUCAUCCGGCCUCUGUUCGAGUCCUUCAACGGGAUGGUGUCUACAGCGAGCUUGCAGAGCCUCCGCCAGACCUCGCUGGCCUGGCUGGACCAGUACUGCUCCUUGCCCAUUCUCCGGCCAACUGUCCUGAACUCCCUUCGCCAGCUGAGCACAUCUACCAGUAUCCUGACGGACCCAGGCUGUAUACCCGAGCAAGCCACACGGGCAGUCACAGAGGGCACCCUUGGCAAACCGUUAUAGUGCUGGCCAGGUUCUGUGGCUCACUCAGCUGCUCUGGGGCUACUACCUUCCCUGGGUGUGGGUUCCAGGGACAACUUCUGGACACUCUCCUCCUGCCCCAGGACCUGGCUGUCCCCAUUCCUGAGAGUUAAGUAGGACCUAAGCCUCUUCCCACCUCCUGGAAGCCAGGAAGCUGAGUUCUAAUCCCUGCUCUACCAGUGAUUAAUACUGUGACCUAGGGACUCAUAAUCCCUCUUUGGACCUCCAUUUCCAGUCGGCAAAAUGGCGGGGAAGCUUCAACCAGAUGAUCCCAAGGCCUUAGAAGCUGGCAAUUCAGGGAGCUUGAAGGAGGGAAGGGGACAAUCCUGUUUCCCUGUCAAUCCCACCUGCACUCCCACAGGUGGGGCACAGGUCUCUGUCUCUGUGCAGAGAAGCAAAGAGGAUGUUCCCUCUUUCUGCUCCUUCGCUGGUAACCUGGGGCAGGAGGGUGCUACAGGAUAGUGUCCCUGAGUGGAUGAGGCCAGGAAGAUCUGAUCCCAGGAGAGAGCAGGGCAGGGGGUGACCAAACCAGGCCAGGCAUCUUGUGUGCGUGUGGAUUUUGUAAAGAAUUCUUGACCAAUAAAAACAAAAACUGCCGGGGGCUGUCAUUGUAUCUUGCUCUGGGAUGGAGAGAGAGUUGGUUGGCAGUUGGAGGUAGCCUUGA